AGCUUUGGAGAUAGACUGGAAUUUGAAAUUUAAAGCUGGAAUUUCAGAAUUACAUAUUAGAGUUUUCACACUGCAUGUGUCGGCGUGGAGGUGCCGGUCUAGAUCAAACCUGCCUUUAUGGCUCUGAUAACGAGAUCGACUCUUUUCGGUUCAUACUUUUCUUUCCUUUUCGCUGCAUCCACGUCGCUUGUUUCCGGUCAGCGUCUGCGCGCCGCCGUCCGAGAGCACGCGCCACACGGAACUCCGUGGGUUUUUUGGAAAUUGCACAAUGCUAGCCAGCAGUGUGGAUGCACUCAUAUAUAUGCAAGUAGAUGUAAGUAAAUGCGAGUGGAGGUUUGAAUACAUAAUUAAG